CUCGUUUUUUUUUUUUUUUUUUCUAUUAUAUUAAUCGUUUAUAUCCGUCUAUAAAAAUAUUCACACACAUACGACGGCUGUCCGGCGAAUCGAACAACAAUUAUUAUUAUUGUUGCGACGCGUACGCUCGCGCAUGUGACUCGCACGCUUGCACCGGUUCGCGCGCCGCAAUCACAAUCGCACCAGUGUACCGGCGCUACCGUACCAACACACGCGACCGCUACCGUGCAAUACACUCGCGCGUACCACGGCGGCAGUCGUAGCGUAUCGCCUUGCCGUCGCAUUACACCGGUGUGUCUGCGAGCCCUCGUGUCAAUCGAACCGGCGACGGUUGUUCCGGCGGGUUUUUCGCGAGACCGUAUUGAUACGAUACGCAACGACAUACGCCGGUUGUCGGCCGCCGUCGCCACCGCCACCCGGGUUGUGUGCCCGCGCAAAAUUUCGAACCUCCCGAAUAGCCGGGUCCUACAAGUGCUUGACCAAUCGGACGGCAUCUUGGAGAUUGCAGUUUGAUAUCGAUGAACCGCGGGGGCCAGCCCCAUUCGCCGGAACAGCUAAGCCGUACCGCAGCCGCAGUGGACAGUAUGAAGAACGAAGAGCCGACCAUGCCGAGUCAUCACCAGCAGCGGAACAUGUUGGCCGAGGCGAUAGCGUCGUUGCCGCCCGUGCCGCAGAACCUGUCAGCAAUCGCCCUGUUCCACCAGCUGCCCAUACUGUACCAGCAGCACUACCAGCACAUGUUGCACUCUCGUAUCCUGCCUUUCCUGCAGGAAUCGCUGAGGUUGCAGAGUUCCGUAAACUUUGCGGACAAGCCACAGAUGCCGGCGGUGCCGGCCAUCAGCCUGUUCGCGGAUCAACCCUCCGAGCAGAACGCGGCGGCCGCGGCCGCGGUUGCGGCCGCUGACAUGGCGGCCGUCGGGUGCAACGAGAAGCCGCCGUACUCGUACAUAGCGCUCAUCGCCAUGGCCAUCACGUCCACUCCCAACCAGCGGAUGACGCUCAGCGAGAUUUACAACUACAUUACGGACAAGUUCCCGUACUACCGGCGCAACAGACAGGGCUGGCAGAACUCGAUCAGGCACAACCUGAGCCUGAACGACUGUUUCAUCAAGAUCCCGAGAGGCCGGACCGGCAUGGACGACAACAUAGGCGGCGGCAAGGGCAGCUACUGGACGCUGGACCCGGUGGCCGCGGCCGACAUGUUCGAGCGGGGCAACUACAGGCGGAGGCGGAUGCGCCGGCACAGGCCGUACCAGCAGCAAAACCACCACCAGACGAACCAACAGGACAUCAAGUCGCUGCUGCAGCAACAGCAACAGCAGCCGCUGGCCAGUCCUCACCACCAUCACCACCACCACUUCGCGGUGUACCCGGAGUUCCAGUUGACCGGCAGGAACGCCGUGGCCGCCGCGGCCGAGUCGCUGGCGGACAAGCAGCACGCCGUGGCCGCCGUCGCGGACACGGUGUCGUCGCACAACCUGGCGUUCCACAUCGAGAACCUGAUACAGAAGAAGCACCGCGGCGCCGAGAUGUCUCAGGAAGAGAUCGUGUCGUCCAGUGGCGUGCACAACAACAACAACGAUCUGCAGCAGUACGCGGCCGGCGACGACCACCAAAACCAUCUCCACCACCACCACAACCACCACCUCCAACAGCAGCAGCAGCAGCAACAACAGCAGCAGCACGACGACCAUCACCGCCAACAGCACGCCGUCGAGUCCAAGCCCAAGUUGAUCAUCAUCAACGACGAGGACGACAGCAACGUCAGCGGCGGCAGUGGCGGCAGACGCUGCUAAGAAGACGCCGCCGCAGACGUCGCGCGCGCACGCGAACCAACGACGAUCGUCUCUAUAACAAUAAUAUAUUAUAUCAUAUCACUGUGACGCGUCGUCAAGUCGAUUGCGGCGUCGUGCUCUGCAGGUGACGUGUGACGUAGAUGCGAGUGCACUGAGCUGUCGUGCGCCGCACUACGUCAAGUCGCGGGUGUGCGAUGUGGUAUUGCACACGCGUACCGAAUACUUACCUAUCGUGGUUACCGAGUAACGAGUAAUGUAAUAUAACAUAAUAUGUCCAUAUUUUACUUCAGCGCGCGAAAAACAUGUCCGACGGAUCGUGCGUGUGUGCGUGUGUGUGUGUGUGUAUGUGUGUGAGGUAUGUGUGUGUGUGUGUGUGUGUGUGUGUGUGUGUUUGUCGUACGGUUUGCGUUUUUCGCGGCGCGGUAGGAAACGCUGCGUAUCAGCGUAUCGCCCGAACGAGAGUAUUAAUUUCAUUUUUGAAAAUAUAAAACUUGUACAUACCUACUACCUACCUAUACAUGAUUAUUAUUA